AUGGUUAAUAAACAAAAAAAUCAGAAUUUUUUUACACUAUUUGAAAACAUUCCAAAUGAACUUUUCAUUGAAAUUUUAUCUUAUUUAAUUGCUACUGAUGCAGUUAUUGCAUUUUCAAAUCUUAACUAUCGUUUUCAAUGUUUAAUUUUCGAAUUUUGUCAAUCAUUUGAUUUAACAUCAAUAAGUAAAAACAAAUUUGAUAUUAUCUUUCAAUAUCAUAAUACAAAUCGAUGGCAUUCAUUAAAACUUUCCGAUGAUAAUAAUACGCCUGGACAAGUUAAAUAUUUUUUUGAAAAUUAUUUUUUUAUUGAUAAUUUUUCUCAAUUACAAUCAUUAUCUAUUAUUAAAAUAAAACCUUUCAAUCAAUAUCCAUUAUUAUCUCAACUUCCAUUUCUUACAAAUCUUAUUUCACUUAAAAUUGAAUCUAUAUGUGGAAAUAAUAUUUCGGAAUUUAAUCUUCCAAAAUUAAAAAAACUUAUUUUCAGUUCAUGUGCAAAUACAAAUUGGCUCAAAAAUUUUUCUGAAAUUGAAACUAUUGAAUAUACAAUAAUAGAUUGUUGUUUAAAUGAUAAAAUAUUAAUAUGGCCAAAAAUAUUAAAACAUCUUAAGAUCAUUUUUACAAAUGAUGAUGAUUGUUUAUUAAUUCAACAGUCACUUACUCAUUUAUCUCAAUUAAUUAAUCUUGAAAUUUAUCAAAAAGAAAAAGGAAUAUCAUUUCCUAAUGGUCAAAUAUGGGAACAAAUAAUUCUUUCAUCACUUCCAUUAUUAAAAAAUUUUAAAUUCUAUUUUCAAUUCGCUUGUUAUGAUUAUCAAUUGCAUCAAGUUAAACAAGUCAUAGGAUCGUUCUCUACACCAUUCUAUGUACUUGAAAAGAAUUGGUUUAUUCAUUGUGAUUUAUCUGCUCGUUGUGAUACAUAUGACAUGUAUAACAGACGUCGAAAAUUUGCAAUUCUUUAUACAAUACCAUUUCCUUUUGAAACAUUAACAAUUUUUAAAAAUUCUUCAAAAACAAUGAUUUCAAAUUGGUCGAAAAAUAAUAUUGAUCAUCUAAGUAUCAAUACAUACAAAAAUAUUAAAACAUUAAUAUUUAAAAGUUAUACAAAACCUGAUCAAAAUUUUAAUAGAAGUAAUAUAAUGAAUUUGAUAAUUAAUACAUCUUUCGAUUCAUUAGAUUGGAUACACGUCUUGACUAAAUUACGACAUUUAACUAUUGAUGAUUGUGCAGUACUAUCAAUGGAAAAUUUUAAUAUAUUUUUGGAUAAUACACCAUAUUUAUAUUCAUUAACUGCGAAAAAGAGUAUGAUGAAACUAUUGACAGAUAAUUGGACUGAUAUAUGUGUAUGUAAUCAUCUAUCACGAAAGAUUCGUUCGUUAACUUUUUAUUCAAACAAAAAUUCAUUACAAUAUUUUAAUAAAAAUGAACUUGAGAAAAUUUUACCAAUUUUUUCUUCAAAAUGUCAACAUUUAUCACUAGGUGUUCAUUCACGAAAUAAUACUAUCGAUUUUAUUUUACGUAAGAUGCUUCAAUUGUAUAGUCUACAUGUACAUAUUCAACAAAAAAAUUCUUCACCACCUGCUGUAGAAUGGUUAGAACAACAACAUACUCGAUUUAAUCAUUUCAAUUGUAUUAUUAUUAAUGAUAGACAAGAUCAUUAUUUUUGGUUAGGAUAA